AGUGACAUCCCACUCUGCCUCAGGGAUGCCUUCCCCCACCUCAGGGACAUCUUCCUUCUCCUCAGUGACAUCCCACUCUACCUCAGGGAUGCCUUCCCCCACCUCAGGGACAUCUUCCUCCUCCUCAGUGACAUCCCACUCUGCCUCAGGGAUGCCUUCCUCCACCUCAGGACCACCUGCUCCCUCUCAGGGCUGUGCACUUCACUUCAGGGACACUUUCCUCCACCCCAUGGACAUCUUCCCCCUCAGGGCUGCCCCACUCCACCUCAGGGACAGCUUUCUCCAUCCCAAGGAUGCUUUCCUCCCCCUCAGGGACACCUUCUUUCACCUCAAGGAUGCCCUCCUCCAGCUUAGGGCCAUGCCACUUCACCUCAGGGACACCUUUCUCCACCUCUGGGACACUCCACUCCACCUCAGGGCUGCCCCACUCCGUCUCAGGAAUGUCUUCCUUUACCUCAGGGACACCCUGCUCCACCUGAGGGACAUCCUACUCCACUGCAGGAACAUCUUCCUCCACAUCAGGGCUGCCCUUCUCUAUCUCAGGACCACCCCACUCCUCGGGGACAACUUUCUCCACCCCAGAGAUGCCUUCUUCCACCUCAGGGACAUCCCACUCCCCCUCAGGGAUGCCUUCCUUCACCAGCAACUCCUUCCCUACCUCAGGGGCCACUCCUUCUCUGGUUACCCUUCCCCUUGCCCUAGCCCGCCUCGCUCCAUUGCACCCAUCUUCCAUCAACCCUGUCCCUCCCUACUCUGCUCUUCUAACAUCUUGGUUGUUUUGCCCGUUUUAUAUAAACGGAACCAGAUAACGUGGAUUUUUUGAGCCCUUUUCUUUGUCAUUUCUGUUUAGAGUCUCAACAUAUGAAUAUAUCUUUCUACUGUGGCUCCAUCUCCUUGCCAUCACUUAGUGUUGUCAGACUUUUUCAUUUUGGAUGUCGGGGAGGUAUGUAGUGACAUCCCAUUGUGGUUUUAACUUGUGUGUCUGUGCUAACUAAUGAAGCCAAGCCCAAUUUGGUUUCUUGGCCAUUUACCUGUCUUAUUUUGUGUAAUACGUGUUCCAGUCUUUUAACCUUUUCGCUUUUGUUUUGUCUGCACUGAUCUGCAUGAGUUCUUCCUAUAUUUAACAUAUGAAUCCAUUUCUUUGAAGAUCUUUGUUCAUUCUGUGUAACAUACUUGUCUUAUCUCAUGAUUUUUGAAAUGAAAAAUGCUUGCUUUUGUAGAUUAUCAAAUAAAUUUGGUUCAUUGUGGUUUGGGUUUUAAUCUCUUUUCCAUUCAUUUGCCAUUUCUGAUAUACUUGUAGCCUGUUCUGUGGAUUUUCCAGACCUGGGAAUAGGACUGAGGUAGAAUCUGUGUGAGAGUGUGCACAAAUAUUUACUAAUUGUAUUUAGGCAUUUGUGCAAAAUGAGCCAAGUCUCUGUACUUCAGAUCACCUCCACCCCAUGUCCAGUCCUAACUCUGGGCCAUUUGUAAAUCUGUGUAAUAUCUGCAGGUCCUGGGUGUUGCUAUCUUUUUUUUCUGAUGCAGCUCUGCCCACCAUCUUCUACAACACGGUGUCCUGGAGCAGCCUGCCUUUGAGUGUGCCUCCAUCCUGUAAAAGGCCAAGCUGUGAAGAUGCUGCAUGUGACAGGGGUUCUGGAUAUCGUGAGAAAUUCCCACAUCUUUCCUCUUUAUGAUCAAGAGGAGAAUCCAGAUUCCAUGUCCACAAGGAACCCAGGGACUCUGAAAGUUUCUCAUCAAAGGUUUAGGCAUUUUCAGUAUUUGUCGGUGACCGGGCCUCACCAAGCUGUGAGCCAAAUCCAGGAGCUUUGUCGGCAAUGGCUUCGGCCAGAGACUCACACCAAAGAGCAAAUCAUAGAACAACUGGUGCUGGAGCAGUUUCUGAACACACUGCCAAAGGAGGUUCAGGUGUGGGUGAGGUCUCAGCAGCCCAAGAGCAGCAGGGAGGCGGGAGCCCUGGUGGCACACCUGAUCCAGGCCUGUGGGGAAAAAGGUUUCCCUGCUGAGGACUCUGUGCUUGUAAGAAAUAGGAGCACCAAGGAACACCCACAGAAUACAAAGAGGUUGAACAGUCAACCCUCCGGUGGCUCCCAGGAAUUGGUUACCUUCAGUGACGUGGUCGUGGACUUCAGCCCGGAGGAGUUAGGCUACCUUAGUGCUGCCCAGAGGAACCUCUACCGGGAGGUCAUGCUGGAGAAUUACCAGAACCUGCUCUCCCUAGGGUGCCAGUUCUCUAAACCUGACAUUAUCUCACUCCUGGAAGAAGAGGCACGGGCAGUGGAGGAGGACAGGAGGACAGUGACGUGUCCAAGAGCGUCUUCUCCUGAUGAUCCAUCAGAAUCAUACCUUGGCAACCAGGAGAAUCAGACUUCAAGUCCCGUGACCACGAGUGACAUGAAGACAUCUGCUCAGGAAGGAAGCCACGGCAGUGAUGCACUCGAGAGGCACCCUCAUCUUACCACACCAUCAGGGGCUCUUCCAGGAGAGGGUCCCCUGGACCGCACUGCUCUUGAAACACGUAUCAGACCCCAGCCAGUGGAACCUAUCAAAUGUCAAUUUUGUGAAAGGAUCUUUAGUACCCAGAUGGGCCUUAGGAAACAUGAGCAAAUCCAUACUGGAAAGAAACCCUUUGGGUGUAAACAAUGCGGCGAAGCCUUCUUUCUCAUGCCCCACCUCACCAGACACCAGAAGACUCAUUCGGCCCCGAGGCCCUCUAGGUAUCGUCAAGUCGGCAAGUCUUUCAUCCCGCGGGCAGAUCUCGGGGGUGCUGUAAGAGUUCACAGUCAGGAGGACUACUAUGAGUGCUUUCAGUGUGGCAAAGCUUUUGUCCAGGACGUGCAUCUUUUUCAACAUCUCAAAGCCCAUGAAGCAGCAGAGGCCCUUCCCCCUGGGCUGCCCCGCAACAAGACACACUUCAUUCGUUAUCAGCGGAAACACGACUAUGUUGGAGAGAGAUCCUGCCAGUGUUGUGACUGUGGCAAAGCCUUCAGUCGGAGCUCACAUCUCAUUCAGCACUAUCGGAUUCAUGCUCGGGAGCGGCCGUACCAGUGCCAGCUCUGUGGGAAGUGUUUUAGCCUGCCCUCCUACCUCACCCAGCAUUAUCAGCUCCAUUUCCAGGAGACACUGGUUGAAUGCCGUUACUGUUGAAAAACUUUCAGAGAACAGUUUUUCUCAACAUUUUUCACUUUAUCCUGUAGAGAGACCUUUUGAAUGACCUGAAUUGAAAUGUUUUAUACUUGUCCUCACAGCUUGUUAACUCAAAAAGUCAGCCUGGUGUAGUCAAAACCAGUGAAUAGUUUAAGUGUGUAGGUAACCUUUUUGCAUGAGAAGAUCCAACACGUUAGCAGUCAUCCAGGCAUAGUGCUUACAAAGAAUGUUUUGAUUGCAGAGGAAGAAAGCUAAUAGAUCUUGCCCUUCUUUGUGGUAUGCAUGGAAUGGAGACCCUUGAUUCUGACAUCCCAAUGAAAAACUUAUAAUUGGCUGUUGGAAUCCAGUCUGCCAAUAUGUGGCCUGAGGUUUUAUUGAAGAAAUAACAUUCAGUGUCUUCACCACAUGGAAUGUAUCAGUAAGGUAAACAGAAUUUUGAGGUUCUACCUGGAUUUAUCCAAUCACAAAGCUUAUUUUAUUGUAAUAUAUUUAUAUCAUACCUCAUGGUUUAUAAAAUGUUAUGUGUUAUUUUAUUUGAUUCUUCAAAGAAUGCUUCUAGGUAUCUAGGAUAUUUAUUCCAUUUUACAGAUAAAGUAAACUUGAAACUCCCAAAUUCUCAGUUGAUUUGAACAAGGUUGUAAGGAAUGGUGCAGGAACGGAACUCAGAUUUUUCUUUUUAUCUCUUUGUCAUAUCCUCCCUGAAGAAAAGACGUAGUAUUAUGCUUUCUACAGCCAUCUUCCUAUCCAGUAACCCAACAUCAUUUCACAUUAAAUCAGAUAAGGCCACUUGUGCUACAGAGGUUAAGAACUUUUUCUUAGGGUGAAGUUUUGACAUUUCUCUUGUGAUUUAGGAUUAGAUAAUAACUUUUUGAGAUAUAGAUUUAGGGGAAUAUAUUUUUGCUAAACAAUUUCUUGUAAUUUGUAAAGCUAUCACUGAUCAAGUAGAGGGUUUUUUCUUUUUUGGUUGCUGUUUGAGGGUUUGAGCUUAUUAUUCUCUUUUCCUUUUUUUAUUUCUAAAAAAUAAUUCAGUGAGAAAGCAGUGUUUCUGCUUUCUUGGACUCUGACAUCAUCCGCAUGGCCAUCUUCACUUAAAACCCUAUUUCUUUACUAUGCAUGCUUCAUUCUUUAAAGAUGUAAGCCCUGAAUUACAGUAAAAAUCUUUUAGACCAGAUUGGUAGGAUGUGAAAAGCCUUCUCCUACUGCCUUGAACGGUGGUCAAAUGCAGAUACACAUGGUGACCGUUUGGACCUGGAACCCCAGGACCUGAUUCCUGCCUGGAAAAGGUGUGUGGUUGCUGCUGUUAUUCCAGCUCUUUUUGCCAACCAACCUUUUUUGAGGUUGAUCUGUAAUAUGUGCUCUAAGGUUAUGAAAUUUAAAACAAAUAUGACUUACCAGAAUGUACACCAGCAAAAGUAGUGCUAGCUGCACGAUCCCUCGCCCUUCGUUUCUGAAGUGCUGAAUGAAAUGCCCUCAUUGGCUGGGUCUGUUUUCUCCCCAACCCACAGUUGAGUCGCUGAUACCUGGUUUCUGAUCCUGCUGACACUUGGUGGGGGGAUAUGAGGUUGAUGUGUCUUAUUUGUGGGAACGUCGACCUUGAUGCUUUGACUUAAAAUGGGUCUGUUAGGUCUUUCUACUGUACAGUCACAGUUAACUAUAAAGUUAAAGUUUAUCUUGGUAACUAAUGGUUAGCUUAUGGGAGAAACUUUAAAACCAUGCAGGUACCCAGGAGUUAAACUAUUACCCACUGGAUCCUGACAUCUGUCAAAUAGGUCCUGCUGUAGCCAUUAUUACUCGGUAUAUCUGAAUGGUGAUUUCCUGUUCCCUCGCUCCUUCUGUAUUUUGUAGUUGAAAUUGCCUUUUGAGAAAGUGUUGUCCUCCUCAUUGGUUUAUGCAGUAGUUUAUUUCAGCGAGGCUGCAUGAGGGUGCACUCUGUGAGGCAUAAUUCCAUACUAUUACCAUUCAUUUUGUCAUUCAAGGGCUUUCAGCUCUGGUCACAGAAGCUCUCUCGGGUUGGCUCCUGUGGCCUUUUGCUCAGCGCCUGUCCUUUUCAGAAACUGCUUCUUUCUUGCCCUCCUGACUUUCUCUCCCUUCCCUUCCGGGAAGACCUGCCUUUAGGAGAGCUGCCACCUCAUCACCCGUGGGAAGUCGCUCCUCCCAGGGUCAUGGUGUGCCCAGGUCCUCAGUCUCCGCGUUCCACUUCUCCCUGUGCAAGUUUCGCCAGCUCGACCCCCUUCCUGGGCUGUUGUGUACUUAAUACUUUUUUAACUGACUCUUUUUUAAAUUUUUUAUUUCCAUAUAUCUACUUAAAAAGGAAAAUUCAAAGUACCUUAGACAAAGGGUUUACGCAGUCCACAGCCAGGCCUCCCCGUCAGGUCCAAGAUGCCCUUUCCAUGAGCUUUGUUCAAUCCAGAUCCAAACAUGGUCCACCAAUUACAUUUGCUUGUUUUAUCUUUUGUAUCUUUCUUAUUCUAAGGCAGUUCCCCCACUUUUUUUUAGAUGACUUCUAUAUCCCUGAGAAUAAUGUAGCUAUUCAUUUCCCUUCUUCCCCUACUAAAUUUUAAUAUACCUUUUUAGGUUAUCCUCUUAUACUCAGGAUUAUUUUAUUUUUUAAACUUAGAAGCACUUGUUUUUAAAUUUUCACCUUUAAUUGUGGUUAAAAGAACAUGCGAUAUAAAAUUUACCAUCUUACCAUUCUUACUGUGUGGUUUAGUAAUGCCAAGUGUAUUCACAUUGUUAUACAAAGGUUCCCAGAACAUUUCCAUCUUUCAAAAUAAAUAGACACAUUAAAUAAUAACUCUUUUCUCCCUGCCCCAGGCUUUGGCAGUCAUUCGCUCUUUCCAUACUUUCUACCUGUGCCUUGUGCUUGUACAUAAUCAUGGGAUUCGUUGUCACAGAGUCACACGUGCACACAGCAUAACAACAGAAUUUGGCCAGUACCAUUCCCCAGGACCCCCUCCUAGUCCCUUUUCUCUACUCUCUGGAUCUUCCUUGGAUUUUCAUGAGAUUCCCCCCCCCCCCCGACCUUUUUUUUUUCCU